GUUAAAAGAUAAGUGAGAGCAGAAUUGUUCGUAAGUCGAGCGCUGCAGGGUAGUACUGCGGAUAAUUUCGAUCACAUGAGGCCUUUGACGAAUUUCAUGCAGAUCUAGUGGACCAGUUAUUCAGAACAAGCUAUGGAGUAUGGUAUGGUGUUCACCGUUCUUGGUGUCAUUACACUGAUGAUCGCUCCAGACAUCAACGGAAAACCGGGAAUCAUUGACGAGCAACAGUUGAUACUGGACAUACCCGAUGAAAUCGGUCACAGGACGCACAACCACAGGGUGGUCAUCGAAGAGCGAUUCCUCUUUGGGACAGACACAAUACUUGGCUUCAUAGCAACGCUGCUGGCAGAGAUUCUACUAAGCUCGAACAAGGAGCUAACUUGUGCAGUACUCUCGCAAAAGGAAGCUAUAGAAUUCGCCCUGGAUUUCGUGCCGGAUAGUGUUAUCACAAGUGGAUUGAAGAGAUCAAUUCGGAGGCAUACUAAGAAAUGUCAGAACCACACACUCGGAAACGCAAUAAGCAGUCACUUUGUACUGCUGGUAAAAAUGGCUAAGAACGGUGGCAUCUAUCCAGGUACAAAAUGGUGCGGAAUGGGAAACAGGGCAGAAGACGAUGAACUCGGGACAGCUGAAGCCACCGACAAGUGUUGUCGGGAGAGCGACUUAUUGGAAAAUCAUAUUCCGCUCUUUGGGACCUUGGAUGACAUCGAAAAUAAAUACCCAUAUGUCAUCUCCAGCUGUGAUGACGACAAGAAACUGUAUGCUUGCUUACUGAACGACAGUAGCAAAGCGUCGAAAGAAUUUGGUCAAUUCUAUUUUGAUGUAAUGAAGGCAAGGUGUUAUGCGAACACCUACCCUAUGAAGUGCACAAAAACAAAGCUAAAAAUCUUGUCAUUCAAGAGAAAGUGCGUAAAUUACACGCUAGAAACUGAGAAGGAGAGAAAAUACCAGUUAUUUAAACCAGUCAACUUCUAUUGGGAAUAUGUCACAAAGUGGAAUAUGCCAGCAGCGAAACGACGACCCGUGAAAGGCGUGGACCCUCCAGGAUCUUGGAAACUUAUAGAUAUCUACGACAAGGACAAACCUCCAGAGGACAAAAACAUACUCAAGCGUGUGAGCACAGUCAAGCCACCUCUCGACCAAGCAAACACCACCCGAAAGGAUGAGCUGAAUAUCACUGAAACUUCCCUUAUGAGAAAGUGUAAUACUACUAUAUAAAAUGUCUAUUGUCAUUCGUCAGGAGCUGUACGGAGUAAUUCGAUAAAGAGUUAAUAAACGCUGUAUGAAC